CCACACGCUCAACGUAUUCAUCGUCCGCUUUUUAGCACCACUCUCAACUCACCCUUUCCAACCCCCCCCCAACAAAUCAAUUAAAAUGACUGGCGGCAAGUCUGGUGGCAAGGCCUCUGGCACCAAGUCCAGCGCUCAGAGCCGUUCUUCCAAGGCUGGUCUCGCCUUCCCUGUCGGUCGUGUCCACCGUCUCCUCCGCAAGGGCAACUACGCCCAGCGUGUCGGUGCUGGUGCUCCCGUCUACCUCGCUGCCGUCCUUGAGUACCUGGCUGCCGAAAUCCUCGAGUUGGCUGGUAACGCCGCUCGUGACAACAAGAAGACCCGUAUCAUCCCCCGUCACUUGCAGCUCGCUAUCCGCAACGACGAGGAGUUGAACAAGCUCCUCGGACACGUCACCAUCGCCCAGGGUGGUGUUCUCCCCAACAUCCACCAGAACCUUCUCCCCAAGAAGACUGCUGCCCCCAAGGGUACCAGCGGCCCCAGCCAGGAGCUGUAAGCAAAUCGCUACAACUUUUGAUUCUUUGGGUUUUCCGGCGCGCGGGGUGCUGCUUUCUUCAGCUACGAUAAUGGGGUUUUAACGGACUGGGCACACACUUGAUUUUACUUUUAACGGGAAGAGCAUUUUCUUUUUUAUUCGAACAACACACUUUCUCCGGGUUGUUGUGGCAGAAGAACAGAGGGCUGUACAUUACCAACCAUGGCCAUGGAUGGGUGAAUGAAGAACGGGGGAUAGCUGA